UCUUUCUUCUCUUGACCUCGCCAUCACAUACUGCAGGUGUGCAGAUCAGAUUAGCUGGGUCUGGGUCUACUCGAUGCUCUGGAAGAGUUGAAGUCUAUUACAAUGAUACCUGGGGAACAAUCUGUGAUGACAACUGGGACUUUAAUAAUGCUAAGGUGGUGUGCAGAGAGUUGGGCUGUGAUACGGCACCAAGUGCCCCUCAGUCAGCCCGCUUUGGUGAAGGAACCGGACCAAUCUGGCUUGAUAAUGUGGACUGUUCAGGAGGUGAAAGGUCUCUAAGUGAGUGUCAGCAUGGAGGAUUUGGGAGACACGACUGUGGACACCACGAGGAUGCUGGUGUGGUCUGUUCAGGUGUGCAGAUCAGAUUAGCUGGGUCUGGGUCGACUCAGUGCUCUGGAAGAGUUGAAAUCUAUUACAAUGAUACAUGGGGAACAGUCUGUGAUAACAGCUGGGACUUAAAUGAUGCUACGGUUGUUUGCAGAGAGUUGGGCUGUGGUACGGCACGGGAUGCCCCUCAGUCAGCCCACUUUGGUCAAGGCAGUGGACAAAUUUGGCUUCAUAAUGUGGGCUGUUCAGGAAGUGAAAGGUCUCUAAGUGAGUGUCUGAAUGGAGGAUUUGGGACACACAGCUGUGGACACAGUAACGACACUAUUGUGGACUGUUCAGUUGAUUCUGAAGCUCAAACCGAACCAGUGAAGGGAGGCCAGAGACCUUUGUCUACCACUCCAGUAGGUGCACAAAUCAGAUUAACUGGGUCUGGGUCUACUCUGUGCUCUGGAAGAGUUGAAAUCUAUUACAACAAUACCUGGGGAACAGUCUGUGAUGACGACUGGGACUUAAAUGAUGCCAAUGUGGUGUGCAAAGAGUUGGGCUGUGGUAUGGCACUGGGUGCCCCUGAGUCUGCCUACUUUGGUGAAGGAACCGGACCAAUCUGGCUUGAGGAUGUGGACUGUUCUGGAAAUGAAAGGUCUCUAACUCAGUGUCAGCACAGAGAAUUUGGGACACACAACUGUAGACACAGUCAGGACGCUGGUGUGGUCUGUUCAGUGAGUCUCCCCAAGCCCAGCAUCUCCAUGAAGCCUAUUGGUGAAGUUACCUGGGGUCAGGACAUUGGCAUUACUUGUUUAAUCCCAAUUCAGCAUUCAGUUGGAACUUUUAUCCUGCAGAAGACCUCAGGCUCAUUCAGAAAGACCCAAACAUCAAGUACCAACUCUGCUACCUUCAGCAUCCUCAAAGUGAACUUUGAUCGUGAGGGAGCGUACCAGUGUCAGUAUCAGAUACAGAUUUCAAGUCGAGACUUCAGCUCCCCCUUAAGUGACUCUGUCAGACUCUCUGUUACUGGUAAGGAAAAAUACAUUUCCUGCAUUUUUUGUUUUCUUUCUUUCUUGUAUUCAUUUGUGAAGAAAUUCCAAGAAUUGAAAUAAAGAGAUACACCUCAGCUCACAGGCAGUAUUCACCAAUCAGCCAUAACAUUGUGAGCACUGACAG